AUUCUGCGCGAAACGCAACGGGGGGUUCCAGCGGCAGCGGAGCCAGCCGUGCAACCACCAGAAAGAAGCCGGGCUCGGCGGAUCGCGCAUAUCUCUAUCCGGAUAUUAUUCGCGUAACGCACAGUCGACGACCCGAAUACAUCCGGCGUGUUAUGUAAGGGAGAUGUCAUCGUCUUUAACGUCGCUCUCCUCUCACGCUACGCUCGCACACGUCAUGCUGGCUGCUGCCGAAGAGCUGCACGGAUAGGAACGCGGAGAAAGCGAGAGGGACAGAGAGAGAAGCCGCGCGGAGAGGUGCCUCUCCGACGACAUGCGAAGAGACGCGUUCGAUGCGACGACGAUAGACGACGAGCGAGGAUCGCAGACAGACCUAGUCAGACACGUCGACGAAGACGACCGACAAGAGCAUCCAUGGAACUGAAACUCCUGCUGUGGAUUCACAUCGUGGGAAUCUGCUCGGGUCUGCGGGAAGUACGUAUCCAGAUACCAACGGCCGUGAAGAAGGGCGAGUCGGCGACGCUGAAUUGUUGGUACGACACCGAGGGUGACCCGUUGUACGCUGUCAAGUGGUACAAGGGAGGACGAGAGUUUUAUCGCUACGCCCCGAUCGAGAAUCCGCCAGUCAAGACUUUCCCCAUCGGAAACCUGACGGUGAAGAAAACGGAGAGCAACGCGACGCAAGUCGUGCUGACAAAGUUGGAAUUGGAAGCGGCGGGCGUGUAUAGUUGCGAGGUAUCAGCUGAUGCACCUUCCUUCCACACAGCUAUAGUUUACGCGACGAUGAACGUCGUUGAAUUGCCCUCUCAGAUGCCAUCGAUACAAGGGCUAAAGAGGAAAUACCGUGUCGAAGAUAUGCUGCGUUUGAACUGCACAUCCGGCCGGAGCAAGCCAGCCGCGAAUCUCACUUGGUAUAUCAACGAUCGACAGCCUCUCAAGUCGCACGUCCGCACGUACAGCCCGCUCGACACGAACGAAUCGGAGUGGCAAGUCUCGCAGAUUGGGCUCCAGUUCCUAGUUACAUCCGACCACUUCAUGAGCGGCAAAUUGAAGAUACGUUGCAGCGCGUCGAUAUAUGACAUUUAUUGGCAAAGCACGGAGGUCAGCGCCGAGGAGGAUCGACCGCGCGUGAUACACUAUGAACCGGCCGCGACUAUCGUCGGCAUCAACUACUUGCAACCACCGCCGAAUUUUCAGACCGGUCAGAAGAAACCCGACGGGCAAGUUGGGGUGAAAGUGCUGGGAUCCUCCACGGUGAAUCUGCGACCGUCGGCGAGGCUCGUUUUGGAAUUGUUUGCGCUUCUUCUAAUCGCCAUUCGUUAAAGACGUAUAGUGCAUCGUUCGAGAAACGCGCUUUGGAACACUUUGCGUAUGUCGACGUGCUUGUGAGAGGAGAAGGGCUCGAGAGGCGCUUUGUGCGAUGAUGACGUUUUCCUCUAUGGGAUCGCCUCGGAUCGCCACGACAGCAGCAAUAUACAACCGGAGCGAAUACCGGGAGCUCCUUGGAUCACGUCAAGGCGUUGAAAUCUGAAAGGCUUGUUCGUAUGAUGAGGGAAUGGAAGUGACGGGGUGCGGCUGGGAGUUUGAACUGCUUCGCAGAUAGAAGAGACCGAAGGAAAAAAAUCGACGACGAUACGAGAGCAAACCCCUGCGAGAUGAUGUACUCGACGUUCAUUUAUCCGAUGAUCAACGAAUGUUGCAAAAAGCACUAUAGCGACGACUGGAUAUACAGCUGAAUAUACUCACGAUAUAUAUGUUUUAUAUAUAAUAUAUAUACAUAUAUAUAUAUAUAUAUAUAUAUAUGUGUAUAUUAUUAUUAUUAUUAUUAUUAUUAUUAUUAUUAUUAUUAUUAAUAUUAUUAUAUUAUUAUUAGAUCAUGUACUCUUGCUUCCUUCCAGCGGGAUACUGUGUUUGCAAUGUGUAGGUAUACAUAUAUAUUAUAUAGCACGUUUUGUCGCAUCGUAUGGAAAGAUAGUUUUUUUUUCGUACUUUUAUAACUCAGAAAGAGACUAUAAUAUGUAAUAUGAAUGUACGUGCGUAUUCCUCGAUAGCAUACAAAUAUACAUACAUAAUACAGAUACACGCAUACGCGGAGACAUGUAUGUACACGAUAAACGUGAAAAUAUUGCGUAAAAAUUGUUCGACACACGCUUACAUACCAACACAUACACUUUCUCUCUCUGUAUGAAUAAUCGAUAAGUAAAAGUGAUCGAGGAUAUUGCGGCCCGCCUAAGUAUUUUACAGUGUGCGAGAUGAUGUACCUGAAUCGGAUAUUCGUGCGAACUUCUUUUAUGUUGCUAUUUAGGGACUAUGUAUUAAUAAGCGAGGAAAAAAUGUGUGCUAUAUCAAGUUAUAUGAUAACGAUAACUUUGUGUAUCUCGAUCAUUCCAUAUUUCGUAUUAAACUGUAACUAAUUUAUUAACAAGGCUGAUUUAAUUGAUGUACAGACUUAUAUGGAGUUUAUUAUAAAUUCAAUUAUCUAAAUUAUAUUUCUGUGUGUGUGUAUCUGUGUGAAUAUACUCCUUCAUUUCUC